AUGGCCACCACUCUUCCCAGCACCUACAAGCAAGCAAGCUUCAAGGAAAAAGAUGCCAGACUGACUCUAGAACAAGUCCCAUUGACUCUGCCCAAACGUAACGAGAUUCUGAUCAAAGUGCAAGCCUGUGGCGUGUGUCAUUCGGACCACUUUGCCGAGACGAAUCUCAUGGGAGGAGGAUUUCCUAUCGUUCCCGGCCAUGAGAUCAUUGGGCGCGUAGCUGCAAUUGGAGCGGACGAGACCAUCUGGAAGGUAGGGGAUCGGAUUGGGGGCACAUGGCAUGGCGGGCACGAUGGUACCUGUGCGGCAUGCAAAAGAGGUUACUUUCAGAUGUGCGAUCAUCAGGAAAUCAACGGGAUUUCACGAAAUGGCGGCUAUGGCGAAUAUUGCAUCAUCCGUCGCGAAGCUGCCGUCCGAAUUUCCGACGAGGUCAACGCUGCCCAAUACGCGCUCCUGCUCUGUGCUGGCGUAAGUGUCUUCAAUUCGAUGCGCCACAUGAGCAUCCCACCGGGUGGGCUGGUCGCAAUCCAGGGUCUGGGCGGGCUCGGCCAUCUAGCGAUCCAGUUUGCGAACAAACUUAGCUAUCGCGUUGUGGCACUCUCGCGGGAUUCCAAGAAAGAGGAACUCGUGCGGAAGUUGGGCGCGCAUGAGUAUAUUGACACGAGUCGGGAGGAUGCUGUCGCCGCAUUGCAGAGAAUGGGCGGCGCUUCCCUGAUUUUGUCUACGGCGCCUGUGCCGGAGAUAAUUAACCCGCUGAUCGAAGGGCUUGGUGUGAUGGGGAGGUUGUUGAUUAUGUCCAUUGUUCCUGGUAUUGAGGUCAGCACUGGCAUGUUGGUCGGAAAGGGUAAAUCCAUCUGGAGUUGGCCUAGCGGCCAUGCCAUCGACUGUGAGGACGCCAUCGCAUUUGCGGAGGUACAUGACAUCCACUGUAUGGUAGAAGAGUUCCCCUUAGAACGGUGCAACGAGGCAUUUGAGGCUAUGAUGGAGGGAAAGGUGCGGUUCCGCGCCGUUCUCACCAUGGAGUAA